UUCGCAGGUGGCUCAAAUCCCAGCCAUAGCCACUCCAUAUUGGCACCGGGUAAAUCCUUCCGGUGCCAGACGUUCUGAGAUCGACAUUCCGAGAAAUUUCGGUGAUUUGGAGCUGAAAAUCCAAUGCUGGGCCGCCUUUGGCUCGUUCUGAGCCUGGCGACGGCCAGCUGUGAUGUAGACUGUGGUGAUGAUGAUGAAGAUUUAAUAAAAAUGACGCUGCUACAGAUGUCGUUCACCAUGCCGCGAGAGAUCACGAGGAAUGAAUCGGAGACUGAGCUGCAAGACGAGGUCGCCACAUCCAUGCUACAGACCAAUCUGGAGGUUGCCAAACCUCAACAGAUCGAGAUUUGCCUGGAUGAGCCUCGAUUGGGACCCUUGGAAUUUCACGCACAGUUCAAUGCACUGCGAUCCUUCGGGGCGUUCCCCCAGCAAUGCAGGAACAGCAGCCUGGAGCAUCUGGAGCUCUUCCAAGAGAGUCCUCCCUUAGGUCGCUUGCGGACGAAGAAUCGAGGACAUGAGGUGACGAUCAUCAGUUCAUACAUGGCCUUCUACGUGGUCUGUGUCGUGUCCAUGAUCUACUUCAUGACAAAUCCUCCCAACCAUUUGUACAAGGAAGUCGAAUACCGCGCGCCGCGGUGUAAGAUGGUCUCUGACGUGGAUGUGGAAGAAAAGACCUGGAGAGAAAGUUGGAUAGGUUGGCUUGCUGUGAGUUGGGCAAGUCCUUGGGUGGCACGCUGGGGACACUCUCAGGAUGCUGCUAUGACCAAGAUCAGGGCGAGCGAUUUGCCUCAAGUUGGUGGAAAAGAGAUGCAAGCGCGGGAGUGCGCGGCACUGUUUGAGAAGCUUUGGAAGGAGGAAGUUGACCGAUGUGGAGAAUUCAAAGCAAGCCUUGCAAGGGUCAUCAUCAAGAUCUAUGGCAUUCGAACCAUGUUUUACUUGAUGCUGAUCAUGGCGCUUCAGAUCGUCGUGUCUCAAGUAUACUCAGUUUAUUUGGUUCAGAAAGCAUUGAGUUAUUUCCAAUGGGUCCAGAAUUACUGGCAGGAGCAUGGAAUUUUACCUGACCUUCGCGAGCCACUCUUCAUGGCUAUGGCGGUUUUUUCGGCUCUUCCCAUGAGCAACAUCUUGCUGAGCUCCAUUAACAACCAUGUCUCGUGCCGACUGGACCAGAGGCUCUGUGGUGGUCUCUCUUUGGCACUGUUCCGCAAAGCGCAACGGCUGCCAUGCGCCAAGCUCAACGCGGACGCCGAGGGCCACGACGAGGAAGUCAACAAGGCCACUGGUGGGAUUGUGCAUAUGAUCCAAGCCGACCUGAUGACUCUCAUCAAUUAUGAUGUGAACACCAACAUGCAAGGCUGCUACACCUGGCUGUGCAUGUGUGUGAACUCCACCAUCAGUGUUGUGAUCUUGAUGAUCCUCUUGUGGAAUCGCCUGAAAAUGGCCACCUUUUGGGCCAUCGCCGUGGCCUUUCCCAUGGUUUUCUUCUCGAUGGCAAUGAGUGCUGGCUUGGGCCAUGCCAUGUUCCGCUUGCAGGAGUGCAUGGACAAGCGCAUCUCCACCUUGCGCGAAGUCCUCUUUGGCAUCCGCGUGGUGAAAUGUUACGCCUGGGAGGAGGCCAUGCAGCGACGGAUCUCGCAGAUGCGCAAAGAGGAGGUUCGGAGUAUCACCCGCUACUACAGUUUCCUGGGCAUCUUUGUAGGGAUCUUCCUCACCUUUCCAAGAUUGCUGAUCCUUGCGGGGAUUUGGGGAUACUCAGCCAUUUAUGGACAUCAUGAUGUAGCCACGAUCUUCACAUGCAUGCAAAUCCUCUCCAACCUGAAGAACAACUGCGAUUUGUUCACCAAAUCCUUUGGUCGUGUCAUUGUGAUCCGCCCAAGUGUGCUCCGGAUUGAGAACUUUCUCAAGAUGACGGAAGCACCAGUGUUGCCGCCCGAGAAAACCCCAAGCUGGGUUUCCAUGUGGCAUCAGAGCAUGGUCAGCGAUGAGCCAAUGCUGACACGCAACGCUCCGAGGAAUUUGGUGUUGAAAGGCAGCUUCAAAUGGGGUCCAGAGACUCCGGCAGUUCUUCAUGAUCUCAAUUUAGAAGUGAGUCGCGGUUCUCUCAUUGCCGUGGUAGGAGCCGUUGGGUCAGGCAAGAGUACACUGAUGCAAGCGAUUUUGGGAGAGCUUUAUCCUGUGGAUGAAUCCGUGGCGCACAUCAGCCGGCCAGAAGUGAUUGCUUAUUGUUCACAGAUCCCUCACAUUGCCGAAGGCACCUUGCGGGAUAAUAUCAUCUUCGGCCAAGAGCCGGAUGAGGAUCGCUACAAAGCAGCGAUUCACGCUGCAUCCCUGGAAAAUGAUUUGAAGAUGUUCCCUGCGGGUGACAGAGUCCCCAUCGGCAGCCGAGGGGUUGCACUUUCAGGUGGGCAACGUGCACGAAUUUCGAUGGCCAGAGCAGCGUACCAUUUGGGUGCAGAGCUCAUGCUGUUUGAUGAUCCUUUUGGUGCUGUGGAUGCCCCCACCGCUAUGGCCUUGCUGGAAAGGCUCCUUCUUGGUCCGCUGCUGAAGGGCAAGACUCGAGUAGUGAUACUUCAGCCGGAUGCGGAGCGCCUUCGCCACUUUGACCAAUUGGUGGUCCUCAGCAAUGGACGUCUCGUGGAGAGUGGCACACCGGAAGAAGUCAUGAAAUCGCAGGCCUACACAAGUCUGCUUCAAACAGCUCCCAGUACAUCUGGUACCUUCUUGGACGAAGGGCCUGCCAUGGUCCGAUCUGCAACUCCCGACCGCGAGGAGAAAGCGGAGAAUUCCUCCCUGCGGGAAGAGGAAGCUGAAGUUCGACCCACAGCAGAGAUGGUGAGUUACUAUUGUCGCAUGGGAAAGUGGAGAAAUAUCUUGAAUUGUUGCUUGAUCUUCUUCAUUCAGGUCUACAUCUACCUUUUGUGCGACCUUGUCCUGGCGACAUGGACCAACAAGAUGUCCAAGACACCCGAGAUGGAUGACAAGCCGUACCUCUUUGGAUAUUUGUUUUGGCUGAUUUUGGGGACGAUUUUCUGGAUCAUUUGCUGGACCUUUGGUGAAUUUUUCACCCUACGGAUCUCUGCACAGAUCCACGGGGACGUGUUGCGUCGCAUUCUACGUGCUCCCAUCGACCGCUUCUUCGACAAACACCCGGUGGGUCGGAUCAUGAACCGAUUGUCGGCGGAUUUGUCGGUGGUGGACCUCUACCUCUUUAUGAAGGCCACCAGCACCAUUGCGAUUCUAUACCAAACCUUGAUUCCCCUGAUGUAUGUGCACAGCGUGCUGCCAGUGGCAGUUACCUUUCUGGCGAUCCCCUUCUAUUACCUCAUUUGGUCCUUUUGCGUGCGAUACUGGAACACCACAGUGCCAUUGAGAUACUGUAUGUCCAGUGCGCGAUCGGAUGUCAAUAGCUUGAUUUCAGAUGUGAUGAACAACAAUGUUGUGAUCCGUGCAUAUCGGGAUCAGGAGCGAAUCUCUUUGGAGAUGUGUGAUGCCUUAGACAACCAGUUGAAGGCUGGAUUGUUGGGUGAUCGUGUCUUGAGAAGAUGGCUGGUGAAUCGUGUGGUCUUCAUGUGGAGCUUCUACACGACCACUAUGUAUAUGGUGGGCCUUUUGAAUGCGAGUAGCAUUGGCCCUGGGACUUUGGGUCUUUGCUUGACCAAUCUUCUCCUCUUGGAGACUCUCAUUGAGCCCAAUUUGGAAGCAGCCACUGGAGCCCAGUUCGAAUUCAUUGCCUUGUCUCGGAUUCACGAGUACAUGGGCGUGCCUCAGGAAAAGGAUAUGAGGACUUAUGGAGACCAGCGCUAUCGAAGCUUCACAGCCCGGCUUUCUGUGAAGCAAUUGGGCAACUUGAAGUGGACUGCCUCUGAACGAGGUGUUGAGGUGUCGCGGCAGGGCAAGGUGGUGCUGCAGUCCAAUGCCGAGGGGACUGCCUUGGUCCCUGCCUUUGAUGGCGGCAAAGGAGGUCGCGGUCGCUGGGGGGACCUCUGCCCUACCAGUCCCGAGCUUCAGAAGGCGGAAGAUUGGCAUCGCAUCGUCUCAGUGAAUGACGUGACGAGCAAUGCCAAGGGGAUGGCCCAGGAGCUCUGCCGCCACAAAGUUUCAGCAGUGAGCUUUGCAGGAAACCAGCAGGUCUUGUUGGAUGUCCAAAGUGGCUGGCUCUAUGAUGGAGCGCAAAUCAAAGUGGAGAGUAUCCGUGCAGGUUAUGGUGACAUACAGCGAGAUGUGCUAAAGAACGUCAGCCUUACUUUUGAGCCGCGUACCAAGGUGGGUAUCGUGGGCACCACGGGCUGCGGUAAGAGCAGCUUCCUCCUGGUCCUGCUGCGCGUGUUGGAGCCGCGCGGCGGGCGGGUGCUGCUCAACGCCGUGGACACCAGAGACAUUGGGCUGGCAACGCUACGAGAAGCCAUGGGUUUGGUGCCACAGGAUCCAGUACUUUUUUCGGGCACUUUGCGGCACAACCUGGAUCCCUUCGAGCAGUUCACGGAGGGCCGCAUUUUGGAGGCGCUCCGAGUGGCGGGUCUGGCCGAGAUGGUCGCAGCGUUUCCCAAGAAAUUGGAGCAUCAGAUCAGCGACGAAGGCAGCAACCUGAGCUUCGGAGAGCGACAGCUGGUCUGCCUGGCGCGGAUGGUGCUGCGGCAACCCGCGGUGUUGCUGCUGGAUGAAGCGACGUCGGCGAUCGAUCCCAGUACCCAAGAGAAGGUGCAGGAGACUAUCAACUCGGCAUUUCCAAGCUCAACCCUUGUGGCAGUGGCCCAUCGGCUGGAAACCAUCAUGGACUUUGAUCAGGUGGUCGUUUUGGAGAAGGGCAGCGUGGCAGAGCAGGGCUCCGCCCAAGAGCUUCGCGAGAAGCCGCAGGGCUUGUUUCGAAGGAUGCUGGCGGCCAAGCGAUGAUGGCUGCGGUGGCAAAAUGGGCGCACAUGGAUGGCAUAGAUGUGCAGCACUGCAGCCCCGCCCAUGUGGGAAAGAGGUUUAGUUCGCCCGUGAAAACAUGUAAAUGCUGAGACGUUGUGUAGUUGAAGCUGAUCUAUGGAUGAUUUGUGGCAAGGCAAUUCGAAAUUGUCGCCCAUCAUUUUGCUAAUAGCCUGAAAGAGGCGGUGAAAAAGAGACGCUUCCCAGACUGACUGCCUUUGGUAUGUGGGUCG